GUGAUCAAACUUCUUUUUUUUUAUUUAUUUAAAAAUGAUACCUAUUCAUUUCAUUAUUUUAUCGAAUGUGGUUAAGGUGUGGAUUGUUGAGACCUGACACAUACAUUAAAAUUAUCCAUCUCCGGGCCCUUUUUUAUUCCAUCUGAAGGUGCCUCCGAUUGGAAAUUAAACAAAAGAACAACCGUAGAUGGCAGAGAAGAGAGGCUGCAUUGCCUUCUUCGCAAGCUAUAGACCACCGGUGCCACUGGACAUAUUCUCCUGUCCGGUUCCACCGAGGACGAAGCAAGACGAGGUCCACAUGACAGACGGACUGUUCUACAACUACAACUGUCAAAGCAUUCCACCAGAAGCUCUCAAGACAAUUAUCAAGCACCCAAAGUUGGUUCCCGAAGCCAAAGAAUCUGAUGUUGAUUCGGGUCGUCUCUCAGGCAUGAUCUUUGUCUCCGAACGGAAAAACAACCUUGAGACGCUUCAUAUAGGCCUACGCUCCAGGGACAAAGUCAAAGUCUUCAGUUUCGCUGAUGUUUAUGGCACAUUCAAUGGUGUUCGCAUGGAAGAUAGUGGCUGCAUCGCCGGCGGUUAUAAGGUUGGUGAUCGUAUUGUCGAUCAUUCUCUUGUCUAUGUCACCACCAAAGACCCGUCAGAAGAUCGCCGUCAGCCUUGGACUGUCGUUUAUAAAACUAAUCUCAGGACCGGAAAAACUGAACGCCUCACCCCAUCAGGGGUAAAUGAUUUAAGUCCCUCUGUGUCACCAUCUGGAAGAAAAGUAGCAGUGGCGUCAUUCCAAGGAAGAGGUUGGAAUGGCGAGAUUGAAGAUCUACAAACUGACAUUUACAUUAUGAACAUUGAGAAGCCUCCCUUGGGGCGCACGAAAGUUAUAAAAAAUGGUGGAUGGCCAACAUGGGGAAGUGACAAUGUCAUAUUUUUCCAUCGAAAGGUUGGGGAAUUCUGGGGUGUGUUCCGAGCUGACAUUAGCAACGGUAAAGCAUCAGAGAUCCUUCGUGUGACCCCAGAUGGAUUUGACGCAAUAACUCCGGCAGCCAUCAGUGCCAUCAAAGUGGCAGUGGCUACUAUCCGUCAGAAAUCGAAAUUCACCGACGUUCGUGUAGAAGCGCAGUAUCGACAUAUUGAGGUUUUUGAUUUAACUGCGCCAAAACAACCCAUACAAAUCACUCAGAAAACCAGACCAAAGGAUGACCACUUCAACCCCUUUGUGAUAGAUGGUGGGAAGCGCAUAGGUUAUCAUCGUUGUAAAAGCGACCUACUCAAGCAGAAUGGAGACAAUAUCCAAAGACAUUUCCACAAGCUCGACUCUCCACAUCCAGAUGUUGGGCUAUUUAGGACGUCAGGUGUGUUUCCAACAUUUUCUAAAGAUGGCUCCAAGCUUGCAUUUGUUGACAACGAGUUCAAAGCCGUGUGGAUAGACGAUAGCAAAGGAUUGCGCAGUGUCUAUGAGACAAAAGGCCCAGACAACAUCUUCUCACCAGUUUGGAGCCAAAAUCCACAAGACGAUACGCUUUAUGUAUGCAUGGGACCUCCUUUCAACUCUGGCGAAUCAUUGCAAAUCUGCGCCAUCCCUAAUGUGGCCAGUGGUGCACGACAACGUCGACAGCUCACGAGAGGAUUCAAUAAUGCCUUUCCAUCUACCAAUCCAGACGGAACAAAAUUAGUUUUUCGAUCUACAAGAGAUGGAGGAGACAAAAAAUAUAAGAAUCUAUACAUAAUGGAGGAUGCACGAGUAGGGGAGUAUGGGGAUGGAAAAAUAACGAGGCUAACAAAUGGGCCUUGGAUUGACACUCAUUGUCAAUGGUCUCCACGAGGAAAUUGGAUAGUAUUCUCGUCAACUCGCGAUAAGCCUAAAGAUGCACCAGAAACAGACAAUGGUCUCGAUCCAGGUUACUUUGCUGUGUUUCUAGUGAAGGCGAACGAUUCCUCAGUAGUGGUACGAGUGAUAAAAAGUGGAGAUAAUAUUGCAGGGCAUGUGAACCAUCCAUUUUUCAGUCCGGAUGGAAUGAGUAUUGCUGUGACUUCAGAUCUUGCUGCAGUGUCAGUUGAUCCAGUUUCUUUACCUCACUUCCUGCACUCUGUGAGGCCUUACGGGGAUGUCUUCACUUUGGAUAUUGAUCCGGAUGAUAUAAAUAAGAACAAAGAUUUGAAGAAAUUCAACCGCAUCACACACAGUAGGUAUGAGAAUGCAACUCCGAGUUGGACCAUGUUCUCAACCGAGGAUACCAAUGCAACAUGGAACAAGCUUUUAAGGGAUUCCUACAUUCCAUCAUGCCCUUAUAAUGGUUGGCACAUGACUGUCCACCUUUGUAUUCGGUAAAAGAUGAUGGUUGGUCGCUAUUGUAUUCCUAUGUAUAUAUGUCUUGUUUUCGUCCUGCACGCUUUCAUUUCAUGUUCGAACAAGUGUUGUGCCAUGGCUACCAAUUUGUAUUUGAGGUGUUUUUAGUACCCAUUAAGAUUUUUUCUUUUUCUUUUUCCUUUCUAUUUUGUAUUUGAGGUGUUUUACUGAAUAGCAUAUGUGAAAAUCCGACAUUCGAUA